CCGUGCUAAAGGCAAAAAGCCUAGCAAAAAGAAAGGAAAAAGUAAAACAGCUGAAACCGCGGCCAAGGUUGAAAAACCUAAGCCCAACCCAGCCAAAGACUCCAACAACGCACCUCAGAAGAGAGAACGCGAAAUCGAGAUCGAAAUCCCUGAUUCCCCUCCUUCCAACAGGAAAACAAUCGACCAAAUCUUUCAAGAGCUCAGCCUUUGCGGCGGCUUGAUGAGAUCCGAUAGCCCUGGGGACGUUCGGGACGUACCAUGGGACGAUCAGGUCCGGACGAUGGCGUCGGACGGACUGUCCGGGACGCGGGAUGCUCAACGUGGGACGAUUUGGGAAGGAACCUAA